GGUGUCGGAGUGGGCGGAGGGGCGUGAGGACAGCCCUACGGUGGCCGCGGAGGGACGGCGCUACGGCUCCCACGCUGGGCCAAACGCCACCGGCCGCCGGGCGCCGGAGCCCCUGGCCCUUCGGGGCAGGUGGAGACGCGUGAGGCACCGGGCCCCGCAGCCACCGCGCCGUCGGCACCAUGCGGCCGCCCUGCUCCUGGAGCCCCGAGGGACAGGGGUACCCGCAGACCGGGACGCCGGCGUGGAAAAGGCACCCGGCCCACGCCUCCCCCGGGGCUCAGCUGCGGGCUCCCGGGCCUAGGUGCCCAUGACGCUGACUGCUGCCCGGACGCCGCCUCCGCCGCGAGCUAGCGCCGCCGCCCAGGCCCCAAUGCCGGUCAUGCCCAUCCCGCGGCGGGUGCGCUCCUUCCACGGUCCGCACACCACCUGCCUGCACGCGGCCUGCGGGCCUGCACGCACCUCCCGCCUGGCGCGCACCAAGUACAACAACUUCGACGUGUACGUGCGGGCGCGCUGGCUGUACGGCUUCAUCCGCUUCCUGCUCUACUUCAGCUGCAGCCUCUUCACGGCCGCACUGUGGGGCGCGCUGGCCGCCCUCUUCUGCCUGCAGUACGUGGGCGUGCGCGUCCUGCUGCGCUUCCAGCUCAAGCUGUCGGUGCUGCUGCUGCUGCUGGGCCGCCGGCGUGUGGACUUCCGCCUGCUCAACGAGCUACUGGUCUACGGCAUCCACGUGACCAUGCUGCUGGUCGGGGGCCUGGGCUGGUGCUUCAUGGUCUUCGUGGACAUGUGAGCGCCUUGCGGCCUGCUCCCGGCUUCCUAACUGGGACUGGUGGGGUCGAGGCCUGCGCCCGGGGUCUCUUGUUGGGGUAGGUCAGGGCCCUUGUCCGUCACUCCGUCCCGCAGACAGGUCCGUGCGGGGAGAGGAACAGGCCAAGACUUCUGUGAGGGGCUGCUGUGCCCUCCCGCACCCUGGGUUUCUCCUCUGAGCUUCCUGUGUGCGCCCGGGUGCAGUGUCCCCUUGGCCACCGCCUGUGGUUCCAACCUGCCCUUUUCCAGGCCAUGCCGUGUCCUCGUCUGUUCUCCAGGACACCGGCGGGGUGUGCGACCCAGGAGCGCAUCUGAAGGGCAUCGCCCUGGACGUGCACCCCCCGCCCCUGCCCUAGGGAAGCGUCAGGCCCCAUUCAUCACACUGCCACCAAGCUGUCCACGCUGCCCUGGGCCGCCCUGGUCCCGGCACAGCCUGGAGGCCCUCCUCUGUCUGGCGCCCUGAGACGGGCGGGGGCCUUGAGUCCCAGGCCAGUCAGCAGGGCCACUGCGGUCUGUGCAGGCGCGGUGGGGCGGGGAGUCACGGCCUCCUGGGAAGCCUGAAUGGGGGUUUCUGGGAGGACAACACCAUGCCUUUCUGGCUUUGGGGGGUGCUUUUGGCCUCUCUUCCUUGGAGGGAACGUCUGGAAUUGAGACUUGGGUGUCUGGAACAGCGGUCGAAGGUUGUGGGAGGCGCUCUGAGUGUGCACCGGAGCCUGUGUUGAAAAGCACCUCUUAGAGCCGAGGCUGUGGUGCAGGGCUGGGUCUCUAAGUCAGGGCGCACCUGCCCUUUUGCUCCUGCCUGUGCAGCUCUUAGUGUGAAAAGCAAAAAUGAAUGGGGCCAGGAGAGCGCGAAGGGCCAGCGGCCCAAGGGCACUCUGGGUUGCAGGGGACGCGGGGCCAAGGCCCAGCGUCUUGUCCAGACCCCUCACUCUGGCCUUCUGCCUCAGGGGGACAGGGUGGCCGUGUGGUUCGGUGGCACCGGAGGCCUCCUUGGGAAGGGAGAGGGCACUCAGAAUAAUUGUGCUGGGACAGCAGACAGACUGGACUAGGACAUACGGCCGAGGCCGCUUCACCCCAGGUUGCCCUGCACCCCUGGGCGUGGGCGGUGGCCCCUUUGACCCUGCCUGGCCAGGCAGGCCAGCGGCCCCCGGGGGCCCUCUCAGAACUGUUAUGUGCCACUGGAAGAAAACCCAAAUCAGGGAGAGAAAGCAAAAACCCUUGGCUGUCACCGUGCCCUCAGUUUGUAGUCAGCUCUGUCCGAUGAUUGUGGGAGGGCUCCUUGGGGAAGGGACGAGCUGUCCGUCCGGGUCACUGGACGGCAGGCGAGGAGCUGACUCGCGGGGACCCCACCACUCAGCGCUGCAGAGAAUAUUUUGCACUAAAUCAUGCUGUUUCCUAAAAGCUUUGUUCUGUGUUCGUUAACUCACGUCACUCCGAUCCUACGAAACCCGCUGACCUAGGCAGGCGCGUGUCCACGCCAUCGGGGUGGCGGGAGGGGUCCGGCGGGCGCCGCCUCGAACGUCUGCGGGGCAGGACUGGGAGUUGACACGCUCGACGUGCAGCUGCUCAGGGGCUCGAGUGCCUGUGAAUUCUUUACGAAAUGAGCCAC